AUGCCGCCGAAAGGCAGCGGGGCGAGAUGCCGGAUCAAUGUGGUCAAGAGGGAGCGGGGCGAGCCCUGCAUAUACGGUCCUGACCGCGACGACCUGGCCGCGGCCACAGCGGAUAAGGCUCGCCUCGCGAGGAUGCCGGAGACGGGGCAGCGUGCGGAGCUCCGCCGCUUGCAAGCAGAGCACGCGCAGGCGCCCCCAACAGACUCCCAGGGCGGCGCGCAGCCGGGGCCCGACUCCUCGGACGGCGGGAGGAAGGGCCUCGAGAAUGACUUGGCGCAGAGGUGGCGGAGGUGGGAGCGGUCGACCAGGCUGCAGCCAGCGGCCCUGAUCCUGAAGCAGCGCAUCGACGCGCUGCUGCAGACCGAGCGGGAGUCAAAGCUGGGGGAUGAGCGAGCCGAGGGCGCAGAGCAGGCGCUGCUAAUGCUGCACCAGCAUUGGUGCGAGGGGAACGACGUCCACGACGAGGAUCGUUGGAGGCAGCCUGCCCUGCAUCGAUCUCGCGGCGGCCAGCACCCGUACCCGGGCUUCUCGAACUUGUUCAACACCUGCUACCUCAACGCGCCCCUGCAGUGCCUGCUCCACUGCCCCGCCGCGCGCGCCGCGCUCCUGGGGGCGGAAUGCGAGGGCGAGCCGCUGCUUGUGCAGGAGCUGCGCGCCCUGGCAAGCGCCUGCGUGCGCGGAGCGCCGCUGCCCGCGGAGGACGUCGGUGGCGCGGCGCCCGCGCCCGCCCGCGUGGACCGCUGGUCCCCGCACGCCUUCUUGGACGCGUUCCUCGAGAUGCACUGGGUGGACUUCAGGCUGGGGAGGCACGGGGACGCGAGCGAGGCGCUGUCGUUCGUCGUGGAUGACACGCAGGGUCUCCGCCGUCUCUUCCAGACAGGAUGCGGCGAGGAGGUCAUGCUGAGGCUGCCAGCUUUCGUGGACGGGGCAGACGACGGCGACGACGCCUUGUCGCCGCAGGACUUCUUCCUCGACGGGGGCGCCCAGAGAUUGGACGCGCGAGAGCUGCUCCGCCGCGGCGUCUCCAUGGGCGGGCGACUGCGAUCGAAGCCCGAGCUGCUGGCGGUCCACGUGCCCCAGAGAUGGGAGCGAGGCGACGGCACGGCGCUCUUCCUCGGCAGCUGCGACAUCGCGCCCUACUGGAGCGAGCUCCCAGAGGUGGUUCUGAGGGCGGGGGGGGAAGACGUCGCAUACCGCCUGCGCGCCUACGUGCAGUACAUCCUGCCCGAGGGAUCGGACGUCAUCCCAUCCCACGUCCUGAGUGACCCGCAGGGCCACUUCGUGGCCCACUUCGAGGAGGACGGGAGCUGGUACACUGCGGACGACCUGGGCGAUCGGCCGCACGUGGUCCGGUGGGCGCCGGGCACCGAGCACAAGAUGCCAUUCGUGAUCUUCCUCGAGAGGAUGGACUCCAGGGCGGCCGGCGCCGAUGCCUGCCCGUGGCCGCCCGGGCCAGUCGUCGACGACGCGGAGGGCCUGGGCGACGGCGGCGACGUCGACGCGGACGGCGAGGACAGCUUCGGCCCCGACGGAGCGCCCGAGGAGGAGGGCGGGGCCGGCGACGCCAGCCAUUCGGGCGCACGGAAGCGGCCCGCGGCGUCCGCGAGGAGCGGCGCCCCUGCCAAGAAGCGGCUCCGCCUCCGAGGGAAGCAGAGCCGCGACGGGAGGCAGCAGAUCCGCGAUGGGAGGCAGCAGAGCCGCGACGGGAGGCAGCAGAGCCGCGACGGGAGGCAGCAGAGCCGCGCUGGGUGGCUGCAGAAGGAUAAGCAGCGCGGUUGCAAGCCGGAGGAUGUGCUCCGGCAGGGGCGGAAGCCGAAGGGCAAGGGCGACAACGCCGACGGGUCCAGGCAGGACGCCCAGAACAACGCCACCGCGCCUGUCCUGCGCAGCAGCAGGGAGGCGAAGAGCUUGCAGACCGCCAGCGAGGAGCGCCGGAAGUGCGGAGACCUCUUCUUGCUCUUGCACCUGAUGGAGCCGCUGGCCGCUGCCGAUGACCUGCUGGAGCACUACCCUGAUUUCUUCGUCUACGCGGGCGACGACUGCACCCGCCGAUGGGCGACGUUCCUGCAAGCGCCCGAUCGGUCCGACAAGUUGGCCGGCAGGUUGCGGGAAGCGCUCGGGGUCACGGAGAACGAAAUAUCCGACGCCAAGCGCCGACUGGAGAGCGGGGAGUGGCACGGGCACCACGUCGCGGAGCUCCUGGACGAGCGCCUGGACUCCGCCCACGGCGCCCACUCCGUGGCGGCCACAGUCAGGCUGGCGGCGGGCGACGCGUCGGCCGCGCUGGGCGACGGCAACCCGCUGAGGGCGCACCUGGCGGAGGCGUGGCAGCGCAGACCCUGCAACCGUGGGCCGCCCCGGCACGCCGCCAUGCCUGCCCGCCUUCGGGAUCGCUCCGAGUGGUUCCAGUGCCCCGCGCCUGCCCUGCAGUAUGCCUGCCGCUUGUGCGAGGCCGAGUUCCCCAACAGGGAGGCGUUCAAGGCGCACCAGGGCAGAGUCCACGGAGGGCAGCGGUGGUACCAGGCGCAGUACGUGGCGCGGUGCGAACUGGAGCCCUACCAGCCGUCGCCGACCGAGGAGCGCCAGGCGAGCGAGCGGCGGGGAAUUGCGCUCGACCCCCCCGCCCUUUCCCCCUGGGAUAGUCUCUUAGCGCUGGCGCUCCCAGCGUCUGCGUUAAGGGCAUCGAGUUUCUCCGGGCGGGGUGACCGCCUAGAUCUGGGGGUCGGGCUGCACUUCCUGGUCGCGCCGCAGGUUGUUGCCAGGUUCCACGUCUCCCAGUGCUGCGCCACCGUGGAACCCGUGGACGAGACGUUCGUCCCGAAGCCCGAACCGGAGGUGCAGAAGCAGCUGCUCCACGCGGCGAUCGUCGGCAGCAUCGCUGGCAGGAUCGGGCAGGGGGGCUUCGCGGAGGAGAUCUCCCGGCAGGCGGCCGGCGCGGCGGAGUCGGCGGCCCGCGAUCAGGCCGCGUGCCAGGCGAGGGAGCCCCGUGCUUUCCGGGCCUGCGUCUGCUGCGCCAUGCAGCAGUGGUCCGAGAACCUCCACUCGGAGUUCCUGGUCGGGGACAAGUGCGGCAUAAAAAACCGGGCCCUGUUCGCGGAAUGCCUGUCGGCCGAGUGGUAUCAUCAACGAUGGCCCCUCAUACCGCGCGAGGAGCUGAUGUCGUCUGCCGUGGACUUCCCACACGAAGACAGCGAGGGCUCGCCGACGUGCACGAAGAUACUCCUGCACAAGAGGCGCGUGCCGCCAGAGGCGCUCACAGGGGAAGCGCCCGUGAGAGUGUGCGAAGCUUGCAGGAGAGACCUGUGGUCUGAUCAUCCCAAGGUGCCGCUCAUGGCCCUGGUGAACGACCUCUGGCUGGGCCGCCACCACCCGCUGCUCAGGAAGGCCGCUCUCGCGCACCAGAUGCUGCUCGCGCUGGGCCGCGUCGUGUCCACGAAGAUCUACCUGUCCAGCAAGGGCGCCGACAAGGCCGUCCGGCAGGAGCAGGAGUCAUGGAGGCAGAAGUUCCUGCAGUACGCCAUGCAGGGCACCGCCAUCGUGUUCGGGAACGGGAACGUGGACCACGCGAUGCGGAGCUUCCCGCCGGAGCCCGACAUGCUCAGGGACACGUUCGUGGCCGUCUUCGCGGGCGCCGACGACGACGAGGACGGCGCCCCCCUGACAGAGGAGCAGAAGCAGGAGAGAGCCUUGAGAGCCAUGAGGGAGGAGGUGGCGUUGCACGUCGACAAGGCGGAGUACGACGCACAGGCGCGGUUGUUGAAGCAGCACAACUACGUGUACAAUGACCCGGGCGUGCAGUACCGAUCGGACCUCGUGGACAGGUUCCCCCCGCAGCCUGGCGUGCCCGACUGCAUGCUGGCCUGCGCGAAGUAUGUCCCCACGGACGCGGCGUUGGACGACGUUGCGCAAGCGCAAGGGCCCGCCUCGGCCACCACUGGCGCGCAGGCCGACAUGGGCGCGGCCGCCGGGGACGCGCAGGAACUGACCAAGUGGCUGUCCGUCCUCGAGGACCACAUGGACGACGUCAGCGAGAUCACGUCCCUGCCGGCACUGCAGGGCAUGCUCGAGAGGAUGGAGAGCCAGGCGGGGCGCGUGGUGGCCAACGAGCUGAUGUCCCGGCUCGAGAACGAGAGAGGCGAGGAUGGGGCGCUGCAGCUGGACGAGAUCGGGCGUCACCGCCUGCGGGAUCUCUGCAAGGAGUUCCACGCGCGCUGUCGGAAGAUCUCCCCGGGGGAAGACGUGGCGAAGCUGCACUGGCGCGUCCAGAGGCUGGAGACGAACAACUGCCAGGCGGGAGAGGACGCGGGCGACCUGGCGCGACCUGCAGGAGUCGCGGGGACUCCCGCCGAGGACGACCCGCGCUCCUUGCAGGAACCGCCCGGCCCAGACGGCCAGCGAAAGGCGAGGCUUGUGGUGCCCACUUCGAAGAAGGCGGAGACCUGGUGGGACCCGAAGUACUGGUCGAUUGCCAGGCCCACGGACUUCUGCUACGGGGACUGCGCAUGGGGCCUCGGCGAUAAGGAGGGUCGGCUCUGCUUCAGCGUGGCGCACUUCAUCCAGAAUCUUCUCACGCGGGAGGAGAUGGAGUAUGACGUUCCCGGCGACGAGGAGAAGUACGUGGCCAGGCCCAUCAAUCGUUUCCGGAGCUCCUGGUACGACGUGCACCUGCUGCACUCCUUCUGGAGAGUUACGGAGACGACCAACAGCACCUACACUUUCAUGAAGACGCCCGGGGCGUUCGGGGCCGCUCGCGCCUGCGCAGACAUCACGCCAGAGAUGAUCGAGCAGGUGCAGCUCAGGGCGCAGCAGACGGGCGGGAAGGCAACGCUGCACGGCAUCCUCAAGGACAAGGACACCCCCAACAAGGUGCGCCAGGCCUUCGCCACCCUGGGCCAGGCCACUGCCAGUCAAGUCGGGUCCGACGGACACAGGCGCGAGCUGCGCGGAGAGGGCGAGGCGUAUACCCUGCGCUUUGGCCCGCCCGUCCUGUUCGUCACCCCGAAUCUGGCAGACACCAAGCAGCCCCUGAUCCUCAUCGUGCAGGGGGAGGAGUACAACUUCAACGCCGACCUGUCCGAGGCGGAGCAGGUCACGUUGAGGGAGAUGUCGCAGCGCCUCGCCGCGGAUCCCGUGGGCCAGGCCGUGGUAUUCGAGCUGAUGAUGAGGCUGUUUUUCGUCCACGUGCUCGGCCUGCGCCGGGAGACCGUCGGGUGGCGGAGAGGAGAAGUUCGACAGAUUUCGGAGCACUGGGUCUCCGACGGCGUGGCGGCCGACCUCAUGGGCGUCCCCACUGUGUUCGGCCCCCUCGCGGCCGCCUUCGGCCCUGUGGAGGCCCAGGGCCGCGGCUCGCUGCACCCGCACAUCCUCAUCUGGCUGCUGCAGGGUCAGCUGCGCGUGCUCCUCGACAUGCUGCAGCGCGACCAGGCGCGCUUCCAGGAGCGCUUGAACCUGUGGAUGCGGCAAGUGGUGCAGGCCGUCGUCGCCACUCAGCAGAGCGCUGUGGAACUGCUGCCCCUGCAUCUGCAGGGAGGCGAGAACAAGUGCGGAGCCGAGGUGCCGCCGCUCCCGUUCGGGCCCAACGAGAAGCGGCAUUGCAGGGCCGACGGCGGCAAGGAGACAGCGACGCCAGAGCAGCUCGGUAAGGAAGGCGAAAAAAGAGAGGAUCUGUAUUACUACGAUCCCUCGUCAGACGACUACCACGAGGCCAUUCGCGCCGAUCUGCCGCUGCGCGACACCAAUGGCGGGAUCGUGGGAGACGCGGCGACGUGGACAGAGCAGCGGGCCGCGGAGACCAAGAAUUACUGGGCGCAGCCGCUCUCCAGCAGCGCCUCCGGCAUUUUCCCGAGGUACCGCGGCGGAUGCACCCUGGCAGGGUCCCUCCCGAGCGACGAGUGGAUUCGCGAGAUGUGCCACGACGUGCGCCAGCUCGUCAUCGGUUGCGGCAUCCACGUCUGCAGCCCCUCCUGCUACAAAUACCAUUCGGACAAAGCGCGCGGCUCGCAGAUCUGCCGCCACAACUUCUACAACCUGGUCACAUUGUGCACAUGGCCCGAGGAUGGGGACUCCCAAGAGUGCCGGCUCCGGACGCGCGGGAAGGCGCUGCGUGGCUGCAUCGGCAUAUUCCUGGAGACGGAGUACGGCAUGGCCGGGCGCAUCAUUACCUUCCAGCUCCACCCUGGGGAGACCUCCACCAAGUACGCGGCGGUCGUCUCGGCGCGGUGCAACGUGGACGUGCAGGACAUGAGACGGGUACUGCCCCCGCGCCUGUGGAUGGAUCCGUUAGAGCUGGAACCUCCAGCGAACGAGGGGGACCGCAAUAGCUAUAACCAUGGCCUGUACCCUCAGCGAUAUGCCAACUUCUCAGUGGGCGCCCGAGAGGAUUGGGGGUGGUUCCAGCACCUGAACACCACGUCCGAGGAGAAGUGGGAGCUCGUCGUAGUCACCGACUGGCACAAGAUCUACAGAGAGCUCGCGAACUGCGUCAGCCCGAUCGUGGACGGUGACGACGCUGCGCGGGCCGAUCUCCAACGCGACCUGGAGCGGCACGCGAUCGCCACCUUCGUGGAUGCUCACAACACGAGCUAUUACGUGAAUUCGUACACCACGAAGGUGAACCCCAGCAUGGACGACGUGCUCUGCAAGCUCCUCGACGGCGUGCGCCGCCUCAAGAGCCAGUGGAACGACAGGGAGGUGCAGGGCGCGGGCGACGCCAGCGACGAGCCCCAGUUGACCGCUGCAGCGAAGCGCAAGGAGGAUUUCAAGCGCACGCUGCAGGUGUUGUCCCGCUUCGAGACCUGCUUCCGCAGGGCCUCCUGGAAGAGCGGCUGCGAGAUGGUCUUCCCCAUGCUCUUCGGGCACCUCUCCUUCAUGACGCACCGCUGCUGGAAGGUGUCCAUGCGGAAGUCCAUCUACCUCGCCGCGGAGUCCUGGCGCAGGCGGCACGGCCACGCCGACACCGCGGAAAGCCCACCCGCCGCCUCGAUCACGUACGCGGUACCCGGCACUGGACAGCAGGUCGCGAUGCCGGGGUGGAGCGAGGUGCAGCGCGAGGGCGAGACAGUGUACGUCAGCCCCGACGGCGAGGAGUUCGACACGAUCGAGUACGCGCACCAAGCGUUCCAGAUUGCGAACGCCAGCGGCGGCUCGCUGCGCGACGUGACUAAGGCUUUGAACAAGAUGCGGGAAGGCGAGGAAGAAGAGCAGCCCGAUGCACCGGGGCCGACCGUCGAGGGCCUCGCGCAGGGCAAGUUCAGGGGCGCCGUGUUGAGCCAGCACGACGACUGGAUGCAUCGCGGAGAUCACCCUAUUGUCCGAGACAUGAGCUUGUACGUCUACAGCAUCUGGGUGUACCGCGUGGAACUGCCGUUGCACGCCCUUCCGGCCGGGGAGCUGGAGCCCGAGGGCAGCGGGGGGCGCACCCUGCACGUGGACAUCGCCUUCGACUCGUCCUACUCGGCGGCGCGGAACUGGACGCAGAGGCUGGCCGCCGAGCCGCGCAUCCCGAAGCCGGACGGCUUCCAGUUCGUGAGCGCGGAGUCGAACGUGGAGACGCACUACCUCAUGAAGUCUGUGCUGCUGCGACCGGUGCACCUGCCGGACGCCGACGGGCCCAACGACACGAAGGAGCUGCGCUACCUCCGCGCGUACGAGCACCUGUGCGCGGCGCCGGAGGGCGAGCCGGAGUGGCUCGUUCUGGGCAUUUCUGGGCGCGACGGGCAGCAGCGCAGUGUCAGCAGCGCAGUGUCAACAACGUAG